AUAAUAUAUUUCAAACCGAGGGUGCUCUUUAGAAAUGGUAGAAAUAUUGGAAGAUAGCUAGAGUUAAUAGAUGAUUAUCAUGAGUAUUCAGUUAUAUUCAUAGAAUAAAUAGCUUCAAGUCAUUAUUAUUAAAACUAUGUCUCUUGGAUUGAGUGGAAGAAUAAUUUUAGUGAGUAAGACGCUGCAUUGUAGCAUUAAUUAUCUGACUGAGUAAAGGCAUAAAUUGAAUAAUUUUUUUAUUAAAUUUCUAGGAAACAGCAUGUGAAUAUUGAAAAUUCGAUAUUUCUGGAAUCAAAAACAAAAAUAGGUGUUGGCAUAUCUAAAUAAUUAUAUAACAAUUUUAAGGUAAUGAGAUAUUCAUAUUCUAACUUAGAAUAGCUAGUUUACUAGGGAGAUAUAUGAGAUGGAAAAAUUAGGGGGGAGUAAUUUGAUUCAGAAGUAUUUUGGAUAAUAAAAGUAAUAAGGAUUUUGCAAUAUGCUAUCUAUUUUUUAAAGGUAGGAUGAUUU